CAAAAGGACCCUAUGGCAUUUUUGAUGUCGACCGAGCGCACGCAAAAGGCGUCCUUCGCGCACGUAGCGGUGCGUCCAUGAGGUUACACCGCUGAUCUGUAUCCCUUUCUUAACAUUAGAUCUAUCAUGUAUCUUUGGCGUACAACAUGCUCAUGAACAAAGCCACCUCGCGGACGUGGUGGACUCGCAUCUCGGACCACCUGAUCCUCGGCGCAUUGCCGCUGAGAGAUCGCGACCAUCACACACAGCUCAAGAACGAAGAAGGAGUUGUGGCUGUCGUGACGAUGAAUCAGCCUUUUGAACUGCUGCCGUCUGUGCUAGGUACCCCCGUCACGCCAGAGGACUGGCAUGACCUCGGGAUCGACCAAUGCUUUGGACACACUCCGGACUUUUCACCGCCUGCACUUGCCACACUCAUCGCAUGUGUCCACUUCACCAAGAAGCAUAUUGACCAAUGCGGGACAGUCUACGUGCACUGCAAAGCAGGCCGAGGGCGAAGUACCAUCGUCGUCGCCGCGUACCUCUUGCAUGAGAAUGGGGGGUGGUCUGUGGACGACGCCCUUGCGUUUAUCAAAGCAAAGAGGCCCCACAUCGCCAUGCAGAGGCCACUGCUCGUGGACUACCACCAGUACCUUCAUGCAACCCAGCAUCGCCCAAACAAGCUGUAACUAAAUCUAGUGUGUACAAUGUACUACAGUAUUCCAGUGGGA